AAUAGAGUAAUGCUUCUUCUUCCGCUGUCAGCUUUUGUCCUAGCCGAGGUCAUCUUUUCUUAGUGACUGUCCCAGUGAAUGAAGAGAGGGUGAUUGCAGUGACGUGACCGCACAGCUGAUCGGGCGAUAACGAGGCAGACAAGCAUUCCGCUGUGUGCGCCCGGGAUGUUUUUGUGAUGUUACCAAGCCAAAGAUCCACAAAGAAAGAGAAACGAGGAUGAAAUCAACAUGAUUAGCACCGAUGGCCUCUCUACAUGCGAGGCGACCUGGCGCGAGACUGGGAAAAGGCCACAGGCGGAGAUGUUGCACCUUCUGUCCGCUGUCAUUGUCUGGCUUGUGACGGGGACAACCAUCUCCAGUCUUAACAAAUGGAUUUUUGCAGUGUACAACUUCAGGUACCCCUUACUGCUGUCGGCCCUGCACAUGUUGACAGCGAUAGUGGUGGACUAUGGGCUUAUUAAACUGCGAAUGCUCCAGCAAAACGGUGGGGUUGACAACCAGAAGGACCUUACCACCAGCGCCAAAUGCAAGGUGUUUCUAUUGAGCUUGACAUUUUGUGCCAGCAUCGCAUUUGGCAACGUGGGUCUGAACUAUGUCCAGCUGUCAUUUGCCCAAAUGAUCUACACCACCACGCCAAUCUUCACCCUGGCCAUCUCCACUCUGAUCCUGGGCAAGCAACACCACAUCCUCAAAUACACAGCCAUGAUGCCCAUCUGUCUGGGAGCCUCGUUCAGCAUCAUGGGCGAGGUCCAGUACGACCAGACAGGCUGCUUCUUCGUAUUCGCUGCGACAAUGUUGAGAGGUGUCAAAUCCAUCCAGCAAGGUAUCUUGCUCCAGGAGGAGAAAAUCAACUCUGUGUUCCUGCUGUACCUGAUGUCUAUCCCCAGUUUCUGCAUCCUGGCCGUAGCUGCUCUGGCCCUGGAGAACUGGGCCGUGCUGGAGUCUCCAAUGCACUACGACCACAACCUGUGGCUCUUCAUUCUGCUCAGCUGCCUGGGCUCUGUCAUGUACAACCUGGCCAGCUGCUGCGUCAUAACCCUCACCUCCGCCGUCACCCUGCACAUCCUGGGCAACCUGAGUGUGGUGGGCAACCUGCUGCUCUCCCAGCUGCUGUUCGGCAACGAGAUGUCAGCGCUCAGCUGUGCCGGUGUGGCUCUUACUCUCUCUGGCAUGCUCAUCUACCAGAACUCUGAGUUCAUCUCCAACUACCUGGAUGCACGGCGAGCUAAAGCCAGGGAGCUCAGCCGAGUGAGGGAGGAGGAUAUUGCAUUCCAACCGCCCCCCCAAAACCAGCAGGAGAGGGUAGACGCUGCCGGGAAACGAGAGGACAAGAUUGACUGAGAGAGAGGGGGAGAGAGAGAGAGAGAGAGAUUUCCUGUCCUUGGGGUUAGUUAAGUCAGGUGGUUCUGUGGAGAGGUUCAGGAAAUGGUCUGUGACCUCAUGAUGUCAUAGUUGAUGAUGACGACAUGAGUGACAGAACUUGUUUGGUUGGGUCGUUUUUACCUCUUCACUGUGCCAAUGUAUUUAUUUCAGCCAUGGUCUCAUGGAACAGAAGUCAGCUGACUAAAAAAACAGAUGCCUUUAGGAAAGUGACAGUUGAGUUUGUACUGUUCUAAUACUCAUACAUGCACACAUACUGGUAUGCAUGCAUGAGCACACAAACUAUGUGAUACAUCUCAUGAGAUAUCACGCACUGUUACUCACACUACUCCACUGUGAAAAUGUUCUCUCUGAGUGAGUGCUCAGUGGGAUGGUUGGGUGGGAAGGACUAGGAACACUGCUCUCAUGGAUGGAAACAAAUACGUUUUAAAAACGUAUGGUAAUGUUACCUAACCUUCCCCUGGUCUCGUAUCACUGGGAAAGAGGUUUUCUGGCAGCUUUUAUUUGGGGAUCUUAAAAUGGGUGUUCCGCAUUUGUUAUAGUGCUAUAGCUUUUGUCUAGAUGAAGUUUACAAACAUUCAAGCUAACAGGUUCAGCAUAUCAUAUCUCCUGGCUGUUUGUAGGCAUGGCGGCCAGUAAGCCACAAUGUUAUUAAUCUACUGCACAGUGAGGCAUAGAUCUGAGGGGAGCCACCUUGUCCCACUCAAUGACCCAUUAUUGCAUUUCCCUUCAUUUCCUCUUAAUAAAAGGAACCUAUUAUAAUCAUUUUAAUAACCUCCUACCUUUACAGCAGUUCUCACUGCAGCAAAUGUCUAUUAUAAGGCCUAUCCACUCUCUAAGGAGUCUCACUCAUCUUUAGCACACUCCAUAAAAAGUAUUUCAUCAUCCUCUCUUUACCGCCACUCGAACAGAAAUGUCUUCUCCACUCAGAGGGUGCCACAUUACAUUUAGUCUUUAUAACUGACCUCUGCUGGACAGUGUUAUUGUAACUCCAUUUGAAUUUUUGAAUAUUUAUGAUGCAGUGUUAUUUCUUUCAUUUAUUUUUUAUUCUGUAAGCAACACUAUUUUUUGUCCUGUUUAUGAUUCUUACACAGUACAAAGAGGAAGUUAUUGGAUUUCUGUUUACUAAAUUGAAUACAAAAGCUGUAGAAUUGACCUUGAUCAGAAACUAAAACUACUUA